UUCGGCGACGACGGGUGGAUGGAGACAUCUUUCUGUUCAGUAUAUCAUCAUCUGUACGGUCGGAGAUUCCCUCUCCAAUCUCCGGCCGUCCGAUCAGAUCAACCCGAUCUCACGAUGAACGAUUUUGACAUGGGUACGGAAGAGCAGGAGGCUGGACGAAUCAUCUGGUGUCCACCAGAAGAUGAGAAUGUACGAUUAGCUUUAUUGGCUGCUAGAGCACGAGUUCACGACAUUCCCGCCCCUCCCACACAAUCAACAACAUCAGCAAAAGCUCUUGUAACUAGAGCUCAGCAAGUCGAAGGAUCAUCUGGCUCGAGCUCUAGUCUCGGAAUCUGCAGAAGGAACGCAAGGCGGCAUCGAUCAUUGUCUUCCGCUACCUCUGGGCGAACAUCCGCCUCGCCACGGCUAGGUCCUUCAAGAUCUCUAGCAGAACCGUAUCCGAGUUUGAACUCGACGCACGCUGGACAAGCACUGGCUACGAGCGCUACGAAUCAGGAUUCUCCGGAUCGUUCUACACUCAGUACUUCCACUUCGACCUCCUCUACAGCCGGCUCGAGCCGCUUGGAGAUCCUGCUGAACCUCGUACAAGCGAAUUCGGUUUCACGUGUGGAGAGACGCGCUCAGCGGCAGAGAAGCAUGGAGGUCGCUCAGAAGGCGAACGAGCAGAUGAGACGGCAAGCUUUUGAGAAAGGCCUUUUACAGCGACGAGAGGAUCAUGUACGGCGGCCAUAUCAUGACGAGGAUGAUCCUCGGACCGGCUUCGAGGUUGCCGCUCGAGGCAGUUCCGAAGAACCCCGGUCAAGAACACCGACCAAUAUCGACGCCCGGAAGACCACCUUGCAGCCGACGCGAUCCCUUCCUAUCAUCUCUGAACUCCCGUCGAUCGUUACCAAACCCCCAAUACACCAGCCACCACCUGCCAUCAGGUCGCCGGAGAACCGGUCUUCGCAGCAAUCAUGGGCCGGAGGAGUCAAGCCUUGCGGGCUGAGGGGAGGCGGGAUCCCGCGCGGCCGCAGUGUAGGAGCUGUAUCAUCUGGAGGAGAUGGGGUUGGACAAAGAGCCGGUAAAGAUAGCGCAGAGUCGAGCCCUGCAGCUCCUCGUUUGUGCAGGCCUUUCAAAGCUCCCACGAUGAUGAACCGAAGACCGAUAGUCCAGGAUCAAAACUCGAUGGAGGUCGAACCAGAUCGAAAACGAUCGAAUACGUGCUCGGUCCGAGGCGUUGCUGCGGCGGUCAUAACAAAGAGCGCUGCCGAAGCUCGAUUUCCUCAAAGACCUCCACCUCAGCCUCUCGCUGAUCGAUCCCGCCAUCUCAAUUCGAACAAUACAUCCACUUCCACAUCGACCUCUACAUUAGCAAGCACCACGUGCGAAGCAACGGACACGGGAAACGAUUCUUUUGACGAUGAUACUGCCGAUAUGGAGGGCUUGCUGAUGGAAGGCGGGGAAGAAGUCGAAGCCCUGUUACGAGCGUGUGACGGAGCCUUAUCAUGA